UUAAACCACCAGACAGCAACAGUCACAGAGAAAUUGCAAUGGAGGCCAUUUCUAUGUCUUCUGUUCAAUUUUUUGUCUCUUAAUGUCUAAGGUUGGAAAACAAAUUUGCAUCUUAGGAUUGGCUACGAGGAUAAGCCAGUGAUUGUACAGAAUAAACUGAUCGUUAAAUUUGUAUUAAGAAAUUAGUUUUGCUAUAAAAUAUAAAAACUAUUUUGGAAGGAAUGUAGGCACACGGACCCAGACUACAGGAGGCUGAAAAGAUGAGCUUUUUUGAUUACAUUUUUAUUUUCCUCAUAUACUGUUGUAGGAGUCAAAAUAAUUGUUAAAAGAAAAGUAAGGAAAUUGUUCAUGAAAUAUCAGGAUCCUUGACUAGCAGUGCCUUGAACUCCAGUUCAGACAGGUAAGCAUCACUUGGCACCACUUGUGAUUUAAGUUUCAUUAAGUUUGCAGACGACACGACUGUGGUGGGUCUCAUCAACAAUGGCGAUGAGACAAUCUACAGGAGUGAGGUGAGCCGCUUGGCCAUGUGGUGCAAGGACAACAAUCUCCGCCUGAACGUGGAGAAGAUGAAGGAGAUUGUUGUGGACUUCAGGAGAGCGCACACCCAGCAUGCUCCACUAACUAUUGAUGGUGCUGCAGUGGAGAGGGGGUGGGCCUCUGACGUAAUUUGAGGCUGUUGCUGGGGGAGGAGCUUAGAUUACCUGUACAGAGAUGGGAAAAGCAGCAGUAAGGAGGAGUGCUUUCUGAAAACAGAAUAAACAAUGUCUUCCAAGCCGAAUGGGAGUCCACCUCCCUAUGAGUCUGAUCAUGACUACAAAAUGGUGCCACAAACUGUGUACCCUUAUGAUGAAAUCCAACACUUCUAUCGCUGGACCUCGCCACCAGGUAUCAUCAAAAUUAUGUCAAUCAUCUGCACCGUCCUGUGUGUUGGCAUUUUUGCAUGUGUGGUAUCCACUUUAGCCUGGGACACCUCUGCAAGUGUGGCUGACUUUUCAGGCAGCUAUGCAGGACGAGGCUAUGUUGGCAAUUCCUUCGGUGGAAGUUUUGGUGAGGUACCUAAUCCUUACAGCAUACUGAGCUCACAAAAUGACCCAAGACAAGCAAAGGCGUUUAUGAUCACAAUGGCUGUCAUUACCUUUGCAACUGUGUUGGCAAUCUUUAUCAUCAUACUCUCCCAUAAGUAUUGGGCACAAAGCAGGAUGUUCUACCUGAUUAUCAUCAUUACUACAGCCAUCCUGGCUCUGUUAAUAUUUGUGGCUACUAUAAUUUACUUGGUUGCGGUAAAUCCCAUGGCACAAUCCUCAGUCUCGGCACAGUAUUACCAAGUACAGUCCCUGUGUUCCCAGUACCAGGGUCAUCAGCCUUCAGAACCCUUGACCAACCAGUACCUGUACCACUACUGUGUGGUGGAUCUACAGGAGGCAGUCGCCAUUGAUUUUGGCUUACUGGUCCUCAUUUGUCUUAUUAUCAUCAUGGUUUUUGCCAUCAAGACCCGGAACAAAAUUAACGCUUAUGGAAAAGGGAAUAUUAUGUGGCACAGAGCGAAACCUGUUGAAGAUCCUAACUCUCUUCAAGAUGUAGAGGAUUGGGUUAAUGGAUUUUUCGAUUUGGAUAUGUCUGAGUGGAUAUACAUUUAUUUGUGGACUGAAUGACAAUUUAUCAGCCCCUCCAUACUCCAUUCGUGACAGAGAAAGAUCAUCGAAGGAAAAUAGCAGGGACCAGGGUUUAAUAUAGCAUACCAUGGUUAUGUAUUUAAUUAUUCUGUAAAAGAAAUGUAUUUUAAAUAUGUGUCCAUCACACUGGAAAAAAUUAAAUUACUGUUUCUAUGCCUUCUUUAAAAAUGGACCAAUCAUAAAUCCCAUAAAUGUGACUUGUGUUCUCUGAAUGUGUCACAUGAGCCAUAUU